UAAAGGAAAUUGAAACCACAAAGCAAAGUACCACUGCCCUUAGCCUCAGGUUUGUUUGAGGUGGUUUGGUUAGGGUUCUUUUUCUUUUUCUUUUUCCAUUUUAUUUUAUUUUUUUUAUUCUGUUGUGUUCACUUGUUAUACUCUCCCUUUCUCUCUCUCUCCUUUUUUAACUGCUACAAACACUGUCCGAGGACAAGUUUAUCAUUUAUCAAACACAUGACAAAUGGGCUCCAUUAAUGGCAGAUUUUCCAGAGUUGAGGUAGGUAAACCGCAACCUUGACAUCUCUAAAGUGUGUUACUUUUGACUAUAAUUGCACAACACUAUCUGGGUUUCAUGUUAAAAGCCUCAAGGUGGUGUUUUGCUACCAAAAAGAUGUUCUUCACAUCAUUUUAGUUGCAAGUCUCAGUCAGAGUUAGUCUUUGUUUUUCCUACACACUGUUGACUAAGUUGAAUUGGGUUUCUUGUGAUUUCAAGAAAGUGAUGUGCAUUUAGCUUGUUUUAACUCACAUGUAUGAGUUGGGUUUGAUCUCAAAAGAAGCAAGGAAAAUGAUUUUUUAAGGUGAAAGUAUGGUAAACCUGUGUUUGAGAUCUAACAAAGCUGAUAAAAGUGGGGAUGAAUUUAGAUUACUACUUUCAUAAAAUGUCUUGGUUUCAGCCUCAAACAAGGCAGAAAUAUGGUAUCUUGACCAGCUCUCCUCUAUCUCCAAUGGUUCCCUCUUCUUCGUCUUCUUCUCCUUCACUACCAUACAAUAGUAAUUACCAGAAGCCACCAAUUCAAUCCUCCUCUUCAUCCUCGAGUAGUAAAAUAAGCCCAGCAGUUAUUUUCAUCAUAAUUAUUCUAGCUAUUAUUUUUUUCAUAUCUGGCCUUCUCCACUUGCUUGUUAGAUUUCUCAUGAAGAGAAGGUCUUCCACAAUAUCUGAAUCAAACAGAUAUCCAGAGAUGUCUAGCUCAGAUGCUUUUCAGAGACAGUUACAACAGCUUUUCCAUCUCCAUGAUUCAGGCCUUGAUCAAGCUUUUAUAGAUGCUCUCCCUGUAUUCCUUUACAAAGAGAUAAUGGGUCUUAAAGAGCCAUUUGACUGUGCUGUUUGUUUGUGUGAAUUCUCAGAACAGGACAAGUUGAGAUUACUUCCCCUUUGUAGUCAUGCUUUUCACAUUGACUGUAUAGACACAUGGUUACUGUCUAAUUCAACUUGCCCUCUUUGUAGAGGGACCUUAUACACACCGGGACUUGCCAUUAACGAGAACCCAGUUUUUGAUUUUGGAUUAGAUCCAAGGGAAGAAGAUGGCUCUUCAGAAAACACAGGAAGUGGGGUUCUUUCCAUUAGUCAGAAGACUACUGCAGAAAAUGAUAUUCAGAAGAGGGUCUUUUCAGUGAGACUAGGGAAAUUUAGAAACAUAAAUGAUGGGGUAGAAGAAGGAGGAGGAGGAGGAGGUGAGAGAGUACAGAGAGAAAAGGGAGAAACCAGCAGUAGCAAUUUGGAUGCAAGGAGAUGCUAUUCAAUGGGGUCAUACCAAUAUGUGCUUGAUGAUUCAGAAUUACAAGUUGCUUUACAACACAAAAGAGGAGGAGGUGGUGGUGGUGGUGUUGGUAGUAAUAGCUUAAGAAUUCCAAAAGGGAGAAGUGGACCAAGUAGAAAUUGCUUAAUUGAUGGAGAUGCCGAGGGGAAGAAGAUUAACAUUGGAAGCAAAGGUGAUAGCUUUUCAGUUUCCAAAAUCUGGCAAUGGUCAAGGAAAGAAAAAUUUCCAACUUCUACAGAAACCCAUUUGAGCACUACUUCUAUACAUGCAGGUUUCCCAUGAACCAUCAGAUUUCUCAGGUUACAAGUUGAAGGUAUUCACUUUGCUUAGUGCUAUUCUUUUACACUUCAAUAGUUCAAUUAUUAAAAAAAUAAAAAAAAAACUCCUUUUCUCAAAACAUUUUUUGAGGUUUGCUUUCCUUCUGAUUUAGAUACUAAUCACUAGAGUACUUCCAUUCAAUGUAGCUUCUUUGUAUCAUGUUUCUUUUGAGUAAAAACUUUUAUGACAAGUGGGCAAUGUACUUUAUCUUUUUCAUAAAAUUCCAUGCAGUAGUAUAUAGUAAGUUUCUCAUA